AAUUUCACACCACGUUGGAAAAAUGCCGGUUAUGAAAGGAUUACUGGCGCCCCAGAACACCUUCCUCGACACCAUUGCCACCCGUUUUGACGGAACACAUAGCAACUUUAUCCUCGCCAAUGCCCAGGUGGCUAAAGGUUUCCCUAUAGUCUACUGUUCCGAUGGCUUCUGUGAGCUCGCUGGAUUUGCCCGAACCGAAGUCAUGCAGAAGAGUUGUAGCUGCAAGUUCUUAUUUGGUGUUGAAACCAAUGAGCAGUUGAUGCUUCAAAUAGAAAAAUCACUGGAGGAAAAAACAGAAUUCAAAGGAGAAAUUAUGUUCUACAAGAAGAAUGGUUCUCCAUUUUGGUGCCUACUGGACAUUGUUCCUAUAAAGAAUGAGAAAGGAGAUGUGGUACUUUUUCUGGCCUCAUUCAAAGAUAUAACAGAUACAAAAGUGAAGAUUACUCCAGAAGAUAAAAAAGAAGACAAAGCCAAGGGAAGAUCAAGAGCAGGAACCCACUUUGACUCAGCCCGGAGACGGAGCCGAGCAGUCCUUUAUCACAUCUCUGGGCACCUGCAAAGAAGAGAAAAGAACAAAUUGAAAAUAAAUAAUAAUGUUUUUGUAGAUAAACCAGCAUUUCCAGAGUAUAAAGUUUCUGACGCAAAAAAGUCCAAAUUCAUACUUCUGCAUUUUAGCACUUUCAAAGCUGGCUGGGACUGGCUUAUCUUGUUGGCGACGUUUUAUGUCGCCGUGACUGUACCUUACAACGUCUGCUUUAUUGGCAACGAUGACCUGUCCACCACUCGCAGCACAACAGUCAGCGACAUAGCAGUGGAGAUUCUUUUUAUUAUAGAUAUUAUUUUAAAUUUCCGAACAACUUAUGUCAGCAAAUCUGGCCAAGUUAUUUUCGAAGCAAGAUCAAUUUGCAUCCACUACGUCACAACCUGGUUCAUCAUUGAUUUAAUUGCUGCCCUGCCCUUCGAUCUCCUGUAUGCUUUCAACGUCACAGUGGUGUCUCUCGUGCAUCUCUUAAAGACUGUGCGGCUGCUGCGUCUUUUGCGUCUCCUGCAGAAGCUGGACCGUUAUUCCCAACAUAGCACAAUCGUCCUGACUCUGCUCAUGUCCAUGUUUGCGCUCCUUGCACACUGGAUGGCUUGUAUCUGGUAUGUCAUUGGAAAAAUGGAGAGGGAAGACAACAGCCUUCUGAAGUGGGAAGUUGGUUGGCUCCAUGAGUUGGGAAAGAGACUGGAAUCUCCCUACUACGGCAACAACACCUUGGGGGGCCCAUCCAUCCGAAGUGCCUAUAUCGCCGCUCUGUAUUUCACCCUUAGCAGCCUCACCAGCGUGGGGUUUGGGAACGUCUCUGCUAACACAGAUGCAGAGAAGAUCUUCUCCAUCUGCACCAUGCUGAUUGGUGCCUUGAUGCAUGCCUUGGUGUUUGGGAAUGUGACAGCAAUCAUACAGAGGAUGUAUUCCCGAUGGUCUCUCUAUCACACCAGAACUAAGGACCUAAAGGACUUUAUCCGUGUUCACCACCUGCCUCAGCAGCUCAAGCAGAGGAUGCUCGAGUAUUUUCAAACCACCUGGUCAGUCAACAAUGGAAUAGAUUCAAAUGAGCUUCUGAAAGACUUUCCAGAUGAGCUGCGUUCUGACAUUACUAUGCACUUGAACAAGGAAAUCUUGCAGCUGUCCCUUUUUGAAUGUGCCAGCCGAGGCUGCCUCAGGUCUCUGUCUCUACACAUCAAGACCUCCUUCUGUGCUCCGGGGGAGUAUCUGCUGCGCCAAGGAGAUGCAUUGCAGGCCAUCUACUUUGUGUGCUCGGGCUCCAUGGAAGUUCUUAAAGACAGCAUGGUGCUGGCUAUUCUUGGUAAAGGAGACUUAAUUGGAGCAAAUCUAUCAAUUAAGGACCAAGUGAUCAAAACCAAUGCAGAUGUGAAGGCUUUAACCUACUGUGAUCUUCAGUGCAUCAUCCUCAAAGGACUCUUUGAAGUGCUAGACCUUUACCCAGAAUACGCUCACAAAUUUGUGGAAGACAUUCAGCAUGACCUCACAUACAACCUUCGAGAAGGUCAUGAGAGUGAUGUGAUAUCAAGAUUAUCGAACAAAUCUACAGUCUCACAGUCAGAGCCCAAGGGAAAUGGCAGCAUCAACAAGAGGCUCCCAUCCAUUGUAGAAGAUGAGGAAGAGGAGGAGGAGGGAGAGGAAGAGGAGACAGCCUCCCUCUCUCCCAUCUACACAAGGGGAUCCUCCUCUUCACGCAGCAAGAAGAUUGGAAGCAAUAAAAGCUACCUAGGCUUAAGCUUAAAGCAGUUGGCCUCAGGAACUGUGCCAUUCCAUUCACCUAUCAGAGUCUCCAGUUCAAAUUCCCCCAAAACCAAGCAGGAGACUGACCUCCCUAGCCAUGGCAAAAGGAAAGAGAAGAACUUGAAAUUGCAGCUUUCCACUUCGAAUAGUGCUGGACCCCCAGACCUCAGUCCAAGGAUUGUUGAUGGAAUUGAAGAUGGAAAUAGCAGUGAAGAAAGUCAGACUUUUGACUUUGGUUCUGAACGAAUCAGGUCGGAGCCCAGAAUUUCUCCUCCUCUUGGGGACCCAGAGAUUGGAGCUGCUGUUCUCUUCAUCAAAGCAGAGGAGACCAAGCAGCAAAUAAAUAAACUCAACAGUGAGGUAACAACACUGACUCAGGAGGUCUCCCAGUUAGGUAGAGACAUGAAGAACGUGAUGCAACUCCUGGAAAACAUCCUGUCACCUCAGCAGUCGUCUCGGUUUUGUUCUCUGCAUCCCGCCUCUGUGUGUCCAUCCAGGGAGAGCCUGCAGACCAGGAUGAACUGGAAUGUGCACCAACCUUGCCUACACUUGCAAACAGGUGGAGCAGCUUAUACCCAAGCACAACUUUGUCACGGGAAUGUCACCUCAGACAUUUGGAGUGUGGAUCCCUCCUCUGUGGGGAGCAGCCCCCAGCGAACUGGAGUUCAUGAGCAAAAUCCUGCAGAUAGUGACCUUUAUCAUUCUCCAAACCUCGAUUAUUCACCUUCCCACUACCAGGUCGUCCAAGAAGGUCAUUUGCAAUUUUUAAGGUGCAUCUCUCCACAUUCAGAUACCACACUGACCCCUUUGCAGUCUAUUUCGGCUACUCUCUCUUCCUCUGUCUGCUCCUCCUCGGAAACAUCUUUGCACCUGGUUCUCCCAAGCAGAUCCAGAUCAGAGGAGGGUAGCUUCAGCCAGGGACCUGUUAGUUCCUUCAGUCUGGAAAACUUGCCAGGCUCUUGGGACCAAGAAGGAACAGCAUCAGCCUCUACCAAACCCUUGGAGAACUUUCCACUGGAAGUUGUCACAAGCACAGCGGAAGUGAAAGAUAACAAAGCCAUAAACGUAUGAUAUCAGCACACCAGACGCAGCUACCAUUUUGAAACCCACAACUGCAUGACAACUUUAGUUUGCCUUUUCUGCCUCUGGUAGGCAAAGUUGGGAAUCCUGCAGAAGAGUGCGUGAGGAGCCAGAGAAAGGCAGAGCCACCUCCAUACUGUAGCAAACGAUUUCUAGAUCCUAGAAGUAUAAUACAAGCAUUUUUCUGUACAGGUAUUAACUUCCUGGUCUGUUUGACAGACUUUGGUAAAAGUCCAAAGACCCUGAGGGUCUGAGCAGCUAGAAGUCGCAGACAAUGAAUUUGUGGAUUAGUUUUGUCCUAGGUGGCUUUUGUGAAGUGCAGCAAAGGUUUUUCCUGAGUGCCUGUUUGUCAUUCCUGAACAAUAUCCAUAGCACUGUUGGCCUCGGGAGUGCACAACUCCCGCUGAUCUAUUUUUCUUUUGGUGAAGGCAAAGGGACAAUUAUCACUGCAUGUCAUCUCCUAGACAAUCAGUCAAAUAGAACUGGUGGCCAGUGGUUAGCUAUUCGCACGUUAUUUGCCAUGUAAAUGAAAACGUCUUUAUUUAUCA